UAGUUUACGUCUCGAAGCCACUCGUUCCGAUCUCUCAAGAAAUUCCCAUUAAAAAAACCCUAACCCUAGAUAGAUUCCGCGGAGACGUGCAGAGGAGACGGCAGCGGCGACGGAGGUGAUGGAGACCGUAGAUUUGAAGGGGCUGGAAUACUACUCCCUGCUUUCCAAUGUAUGCAAGGAACUGGAAUCUCACAUCGGCUCCGGCGACAAAGUACUGGCAGAGUUCAUCACCGAUCUCGGCCGCGACUCUGAGACCGUUGAUGAUUUUGAAACUAAGCUAAAGGAGUUUGGGGCUGGCGAUAUGCCUGACUACCUCGUUCGCUCCCUCCUCACCAUGAUACACGCCAUCCUUCCCCCCACGUUCAAGACCAACAAGAAAUCCGCUCCUGAUGGCGACGAGAAAUCAUCCGCCUUCCCCGCUCUCUCCCGAGCAGAUGACCGAGAUCGAGCCAGGGAGCUCCGUUUGGAGAUCGAGAAGGACGCCGAGCUCAAGGUGGAGGAAGAGCGCAGGAAAUUUGACCGGGAUAGGGACCUCGAACGUGACCGUGAGCGGGAUGAACGGCACAGAAAUGAUCGUGAUAGAGAAAGAGAUAGGGGCAGAGAUAGAGAUCGGAAUCGGGAUUGGAACAGAGAUCGGGACAGGGAGAGGGACAGAGACAGAUACGGAGAAAGGGAUAGAGACAGAGAGAGGGAUCAUAGAUGGAAGAAGCACAGCAAUUAUAGAGUUCAUGAGGAAGAUGAAAAGGAGGAAGAAGAGGUGGAGGAACACAGAGAGAGGAGGCAUCCUACUCAGCCUCGCAGAACUUCUGAUGAACCAGAGCUUUAUUCGGUCUACAAAGGAAGAGUUUCGCGGGUUAUGGACACUGGGUGCUUCGUCCAGCUGAACGACUUGAGGGGAAAGGAAGGUUUGGUCCAUGUCUCCCAGAUUGCCAGUAGGAGGAUUGCCAAUGCAAAAGAUGCAGUUAAGAGGGACCAAGAAGUUUAUGUGAAGGUCAUUUCGGUGUCAGGGCAGAAGCUUAGCUUAUCCAUGAGGGAUGUAGAUCAGAAAACUGGAAAAGAUCUUCUUCCGAUGAGGAAGAGCUCACAAAAUGAAGCUUAUAUGGGAAACCCAGCAAGUGGGAAUGGAGGCUCGACGAGGAGGUUAGGUCUUUCGGGGAUUACUAUUGUAGAGGAGAAUGAAGAUGGACCAUCAAGGCGACCACUCAAGAGAAUGAGCUCACCUGAGAGAUGGGAGGCAAAGCAGCUCAUUGCUGCUGGUGUUAUGGACGUCCGUGACUAUCCAAUGUUCGAUGAUGAUGGGGAUGGAAUAUUGUAUCAGGAAGAGGGUGCUGAGGAGGAGAUAGAGAUUGAGCUCAAUGAGGAUGAACCUGCCUUCUUGCAGGGGCAGAGUCGUUAUUCAAUUGAUAUGUCACCUGUCAAAAUUUUCAAGAACCCGGAGGGAUCUUUGGGCAGGGCUGCUGCGCUGCAGUCGGCCCUCAUCAAGGAAAGAAGGGAGUUAAGGGAGCAGCAGCAGAGGACAAUGCUAGACUCAAUUCCUAAAGAUCUCAAUCGUCCCUGGGAAGAUCCAAUGCCGGAAACUGGCGAGCGACAUCUUGCACAGGAACUUAGGGGAGUGGGAUUGUCAGCAUAUGAGAUGCCAGAGUGGAAGAAAGAUGCUUAUGGAAAAACUGUAACGCUUGGGCAGAGAUCAAAGUUGUCAAUACAGGAACAAAGGCAGAGCCUUCCUAUUUAUAAAUUGAAAAAGGAGUUGGUUCAAGCUGUGCACGACAAUCAGGUUCUUGUUGUGAUUGGUGAGACCGGCUCAGGGAAGACAACACAGGUGACUCAGUAUCUUGCUGAGGCAGGAUACACAACAAGAGGGAAAAUUGGGUGCACACAACCUCGAAGGGUGGCAGCCAUGUCUGUUGCAAAGCGGGUAGCUGAAGAAUUUGGUUGUCGCUUGGGUGAGGAGGUUGGUUAUGCUAUUAGGUUUGAAGACUGUACUGGCCCUGAGACUGUGAUCAAAUACAUGACAGAUGGUAUGCUUCUCCGGGAGAUUUUAGUUGAUGAAACUCUAUCACAGUACUCAGUAAUUAUGUUGGAUGAAGCUCAUGAAAGGACCAUCCAUACUGAUGUUCUCUUUGGGUUGCUAAAGCAGCUUGUGAAGCGAAGACCAGACCUUCGGUUGAUUGUGACAUCUGCCACGCUAGAUGCAGAGAAAUUCUCUGGCUACUUCUUUAACUGCAACAUUUUCACCAUUCCUGGAAGAACUUUCCCAGUGGAGAUACUUUAUGCCAAGCAACCGGAAACCGAUUAUUUGGAUGCAGCACUAAUCACCGUUUUGCAGAUACACUUGACAGAACCUGAAGGAGAUGUACUUCUCUUCUUGACUGGCCAAGAAGAGAUUGAUCAUGCCUGCCAGUCUCUGUAUGAGAGAAUGAAAGGGUUAGGAAAAAAUGUGCCUGAGUUGAUAAUCUUGCCGGUAUACAGUGCACUUCCCAGUGAAAUGCAGUCCAGAAUUUUUGAUCCUGCUCCUCCUGGGAAGCGGAAAGUGGUUGUGGCUACCAACAUUGCAGAAGCUUCCUUGACCAUUGAUGGUAUUUACUAUGUCGUGGAUCCUGGCUUUGCUAAACAAAAUGUCUACAACCCGAAGCUUGGGCUUGAUUCACUGGUUAUUACACCCAUCUCACAAGCUUCUGCAAAGCAGCGAGCUGGUCGUGCUGGGCGUACAGGUCCUGGUAAAUGUUUCCGACUAUAUACAGAGAGUGCUUACCGCAACGAAAUGUCUCCAACAACGAUUCCAGAAAUCCAGAGGAUCAAUCUUGGCAUGACAACUCUUAAUAUGAAGGCUAUGGGUAUAAAUGACUUACUAUCCUUUGAUUUCAUGGAUCCUCCAUCACCUCAAGCCCUCAUUUCUGCGAUGGAGCAACUAUAUAGUCUUGGAGCCCUUGAUGAGGAAGGGCUCCUGACAAAAUUGGGUAGAAAAAUGGCUGAGUUCCCAUUGGAUCCUCCUUUAUCAAAAAUGCUUCUCGCUAGUGUGGACCUUGGAUGCAGCGAUGAAAUUUUGACCAUAAUAGCAAUGAUUACGACUGGGAACAUUUUCUACAGACCGAGAGAGAAACAAGCCCAGGCAGAUCAAAAAAGAGCAAAAUUCUUUCAGCCAGAAGGGGAUCACUUAACACUGCUUGCUGUAUAUGAGGCAUGGAAAGCUAAAAACUUUUCAGGGCCUUGGUGCUUUGAGAAUUUUGUGCAGUCCCGUUCGCUUAGGAGAGCUCAGGAUGUGAGGAAACAGCUUCUUACUAUCAUGGACAGAUAUAAGCUUGAUGUUGUUAGUUCUGGCAAAAAUUUCACAAAAAUAAGGAAGGCGAUAACAGCGGGUUUCUUUUUUCACACCGCGAGGAAGGACCCUCAAGAAGGCUACAGGACUCUAGUGGAAAACCAACCCGUGUACAUCCACCCCAGCAGUGCUCUAUUUCAAAGGCAACCAGACUGGGUGAUCUAUCAUGAGCUUGUCAUGACAACCAAGGAAUACAUGAGGGAAGUUACAGUCAUCGACCCCAAGUGGUUGGUUGAAUUAGCUCCAAGAUUUUACAAAACUUCAGAUCCGACAAAGAUGAGUAAACGGAAGCGGCAGGAGCGUAUCGAACCACUAUAUGACCGAUAUCACGAGCCUAACUCGUGGCGUUUGAGCAAGCGCCGAGCUUGAGGCUGUCUAUAGCAAUUUCUACUUUCUUGUCUUUGAGUUUUAGAAACUUUUUGGUUUCAUUUUGUUAUGUGAGCUAUGGAGUUGAAGUUUUAGCCUUUUUUUUUUUUUUGUCUUCUUUGGCAAUGCUGUAUUUAGUGAAUUAUUAGUUAUGGGCUGAUUGGUAGAAGCUACAUAUGACUCGAAUUCUAUUCCACAAGAAAAAAGUUUGUCAGUUGAUUAUUGUA